AUGGGAAAAGAAGGUGGGUAUUGGGGAGGAAGAUCUUCCAAGAGAGCUGAAGCAGAAACUCCUUCUGGUUGCAUCUCUGCUUUCUUUCAGUUGUUUGAUUUCCACCCUUUUCACUUCUCCUUACAACACCAACCACAAGCUUCUUCUAAUUGCCACCACGACACUGUCACUAUCCCCAAAGGCACUGAAGCACCUAGGAACAGUUUGGAAUCAGAGGAGGGCUUAAUGGUCUCUUCCAUUUCUUCAAAAGAAGAAAAUUUAAAAAUCCCAAAGAAUAGUAAAUUAUUCAUCAAAACAAGUGCGGGAAUUAGCAGCAACGGUAAUAAACUGGCAAAUGUGAAUGAUCUUUCCCCAGGAACCAAGACUCCAACUUUGGUGGCCAGAUUAAUGGGUCUUGAUCUUCUUCCAGACGCUCAAUCUCCUUCUUCUUCUUCUCCUUCAUCUUCUUCAACCACUACCACUUCUUCUUCAUGUCUUUCUGCAACAAAGUCUCAGGUUAACUCACAUCUACAUCACCACCAACACCAACACCGCCACCUCAGACCUCGGCAACACAACGUUAUAAUAACAAAACCCAGACAUAGCAUGGAUGACAGUAUUGCAGCCUCUCGUUUCUUACCUGAUACUCCUCGAAUAUCAUCAGCAAGAAGAUCAGAUGUUGAACACAGACUGUCUCUUCAGAUCAACAAAGAGAAUAUGGGUGUUGGGGAAAAUUUGGAGCUACCUCGGUUUUCAUUUUCAAAAGUCAAGAAGUUUGAAGAGCAGCACAGUAGCAAUAAUAAAAGUCCAAGGCAUUACGCUAAGCAAAUUGUGAAACAGAUGAAAGAGAGUAUGAUGAGCAGGAAAGUAGGGAUUGACGUCACCAACACUGUGAAAAACAACAAGAGAUCAGGGGAGCAAGAACGAGGAGGUGAAUUUGUGGGCCAAUUCAUGAGGAGCAAGAAAUCUCCCAGGACGCCGACAACUUCAUCAGUGAGUAAAGUUGCAGGCAAUGAAUUAAGCAGCCCAGGCAAGGUUUCAAAUAACCCAUCUUGUUCCCCAAGGCUCAGAUUCAUGGACCCCAAGAACAAGUUAAGCACAGUGUCAACGACAGGAAAUGAGGAUCAAAUUUCACCACAGCCAGUAGUCAAGUUGGAUAAUCAACCACAGGCUGUUUCAAGCGUUUUGGCUCAGGCAAAGCCUCAACCCAUAUUAUUUGAAGAACAAGAAGCUCAGUUUCAGACGCAGAAAUCGUCAGUCCCAAAGUGUAAGAAAGCAGCGAAUGAAAAGUUCAGUCCACGGCUCAAGAAACCUAUCAUUCGAAACAAGCAAGAUGAAUCGUUUGUUCGACCAUUAUCAUCUCCUAACAGAGCCAGUGACAUAAAGAGUACAAGUAAAAGCAAGAAAAAUCAUCCAUUGUUGAUCAAGCUUCUCAACCUCAACACAGUCCAAAAUAUAAACAGUAAUACUCUUCCUGCAGCAGUCAACACCAAAAUACCUCAGAAACAGACACAGGUAUGUGAUGCACGAGAAGCGAAAUAUUGCAGCUCACAGUUAUUUAGCGGUUCGAGCCAGACGUACACAAAGGAAGCGACGUCUUCGUCGUGCAUACUGAGCACUACUACUACUGGAGAAAGCAACGUCGACGAAUUAGACAAACGUAAGAUCAGUGGCUCCAUGCUUAAUUAUAAUGGUCCAGAAUUUGAGUACGUCUCAAGCAUCCUAAGCCGUACUGGCUUAGCAGUCAAAAAAGAAGGCCGCAGCACCAGAACCACAGUAGUGUCAGUGUCCUUAUUCCGUCAAUGGCUCUCCCCAACCCAACCCUUGGACCCUUCAAUUUUUCACCAUCUCGAGCAACAAUUCCAGAACCAGAACCAGAAUGAGAACCCCACUUCAAAUAUUUUCUCAGCUUCCUCGCAAGAUGGAAACUUGAGGCCUAAGUAUGAUCUGGGUGUACGAAGUAACCGAAGGUUACUGUUUGAUCUGGUUAAUGAAACAUUGUUGGAGGGUUUAGGGCCUUAUUACGAUGAAGAAAUGGUGUGGGAGAGGAUAACCGGGAGGUUUCUGAAUAAGAAGUGUGAGGUUCUAGAAGACAUAGAUGCUUUAGUAGAAAUGGAAGAUAUGGGGAAGACGAUGAUGAAGAUGAAAAGUGCAGAGGCACUGAUGGCAGAAAUUGAAGGGAACAUCAUGGACACGUUGCUGCAUGAGACGGUUAGGAUGGUUACGGAGUGUGGCUGUUGGUGGUGGUGGUACGGAAGGAAGGACGAGGACGACGCCGUUUAGCAGAGCAGAGAGGGGGGGAGGGGAG